UUCUUUCUUUCCUUUUUCCCUCCCACCUUUUGCUUUCUUCCCUCCCUUUCGCGCUCUCUCUCUCCAUCUCUACUCCCUCUCUCUCUCUCUCUUUCUCUCUCUCCUUGAUCCCUAACCCAACAGGCUGAUCUUGAAACCCUCUCCCUCGCCACCAAAUCCAUCACCUCUAAAUCUAGAGAAGAACCUCUAAAUUUAGAGGGUUAUCUUUCUGUUUUGUGUAGUCUAAUAUCGUUCCAUAUAGAUCAUUGUAUUUCUCUGCUGAGUGAUAAGAGUUGUUGUCAAGGGCUGUGCCUCAUCAAAAUCUGCUAACUUUGAAGGAAGGAAGGAUCAAGGAGAAGAGGAGAGAAAAGGGUUUAGAGGUGGAAGUCUGAAGAUGACUCCAGCAAAUCUAGCGGGCCAGUUUGGAGAUACCACUUACACUAAAGUGUUUGUUGGGGGAUUGGCUUGGGAGACCCAGAAGGAGACCAUGAAGAAAUACUUUGAACAGUUUGGAGAGAUUUUGGAGGCUGUUGUAAUCACAGACAAGAACACCGGAAGAUCCAAAGGCUAUGGAUUUGUAACUUUUCGUGAACCUGAAGCGGCCAUGAGAGCUUGUGUGGAUGCUGCUCCUGUGAUAGAUGGGAGGAGGGCUAAUUGCAAUCUUGCUUCUUUGGGUGUUCAGAGAUCCAGACCUUCAACACCACAACAUGGCGCAGGCAGAAACUUUAGGGUAAUGAGCUCUUUUCACUCGGGCCUUCAAGGUGGGGUAGGAACAGCUUUUCCUUCUGCUGCAACCUUCCCUCAUUAUGCCAUCCAACAAGGGAUUCCUUACAAUUUAUAUGGGUACUCUCCAUACUCACCAGAGUAUAGCUAUCUUGCGAGUUAUUACAGUAUAUAUGGAGGAGGAGCAACGUCCCAGUAUCCAAUGUAUGGGACUGGGGCCGGUGGAAUGGUCACCGGAACCACCGCCGCUUUCUACCCCUACCUCCACUUCGGGCAGGGCAAUGGAGGAACUGCGGCCUACACGGGUGGGCAGGGAUACGGCUUCCAAUAUCCCCAACACCUGUUUCAAUACUCCGGCGUUGGUUCAACCGGGUUCGCCCAUCACUACGGCGGUGGACCUAUGUCUCUUUCUCCUACUCCACCCUCUCAAGCAGGCGUGACCAUGGCUCCCACAGCUCCAACUCUUCAUGCCCCAACACCUCACCACUACAGACUUGUUCCUACCCACUUCCAACCAUCAGCAGAACAACCUUCGGCUUAACCAUGGUUAAAAAUCUCUCUCUCCCUCUCUCUCUCUCUCUCUCUCUCUCUCUCUCUCUCUUCUAUUCUAUUCUCUCUCUCUCUUCCUUCUAACACAAGCCCAAGUUUGGAACCUUGGGGCUUCUCACCAAAUUAGCCCCCCAUAGGGGCUAAAAUCAUCCUUGAAACUUGGAGAAAAUCCCUCCAAGCAACAGUGCAUGUCCUUUAAACUGGGCGACUUCCCUUGCAUUUAGCUCAAGGUUGGGCUACAUCAUCAGGCACUCAAGUUUGUGUGGUUCCCUAGAGAACCAAGGAAUGUUGCUGUGGCUGCAGGUCACCAACUUUAGCCAAUUGAUGGGGCUAAGUUGGAAACAAUUAAUCCCCUAACAUAUAUAUGAGCCCUUGGAAAGGCUGCAGAUGAGAAGAGAAACAGUACUAGUGAUCUAACUUGGACUUGCAGAAAUAUUGUAAAUUCAACAAACCAGAUAGCAGGUCCUUACUUCCAACAUACAUUGGGAUUUGAAGUUUGCUGAACUGGCUAAUUUCUUUUGAGACUCCAGCUAAACAUAAUCUCUAAAUCUAUCUAGAGAAGACAGUUUUUAUCAAACCAAGGGCACAGGAUGCCGUAGAGUCAUAUUUGUGCUAACAUCAACCCUAGUCCUAGAUGUCCUUUUUCAAAAUGACCAAAACUGUUUUGUUGAAUUUUUUGUGACUCAUGAUCAUCAUCAGGUGUUUAAAUGCUUUACCAACUUCACGUAACUCUCAUAUAACCUCUGUGUAACCAUGUAAUCAACCCUCAUUGUCUUCCCUUAGGGUAAGGGAAGGUACUGCAUUGACUUAUGUUGUUUUUUUUUUUUUUUUUUUUUUGUACAUUCAUCGUGGCUGAACAUUGGGAGUUUUAGCCCGAUUUAACUCAGAGGGGCGCUACUUUUUGGCAAUUAGCGCAUACCUCCUGUCAUCAAUGUUACAAGAACUCCAUUAAUGGCUUUUGGAGAUCCAACUCACUUGUAGGAUUGUUUUCUUCGUUUUUUCCCCACUCUGUUGGACUUUUUGUGGUGUCAAACCAGACCAAGGAGAUAACCCUUGAGAAAUAUUUUGUGUCUCUUGUGUUAAGUCUCCUCUAACCCCUCCUACCAUGGUUAGGACCAAGGUUACCUCUCUCUCUCUCUCUCUCUCUCUCUCUCUCUCUCUCUCUCCCCUCCCCCCACUCCCCUCUCUCAUCUCUCUCGCUUUCUCUCAUUGAAUCAUCUAUGUUGAGAAGAACCUUGAUACUUUUUAAUAUGUAAAAUCCUAAUGUUUGGAUUGUAAUAAGUAGGCCUAUUACUUGAAAACAAGACUCAUUCUCCAUUGAUGUCUUUUGGAGGUGGGUACUUUCAGUUGAUAUUGUAGAAGUAGUUUAGAGACUGAUUUGGUUAUUACUGCUGAUGCUUUAAUAUUAAUGAUAAAAGUGAACUCAGUAUCUGUUAAUCAA